AUGUCCUUCGUGCGCGCCGUAUCGAGGGUCUCCCGCGUGGGCCUGCGAGUCCCGGCCUACCGCGCCAGCCCUGUUGCUUGGACCGCCCAGCGUGCCUUUUCCCAGUCGGUCAUCCGAUGCAGCGACCAGCAUGCCGAGGAGACGUUCGAGGAGUUCACUGCCAGAUAUGAGAAGGAGUUUGACAAGGUCAAUGAUGUUUUCGAGCUUCAGCGAAACCUGAACAACUGCUUCGCCUACGAUCUCGUCCCUUCGCCUACCGUUAUCACUGCCGCUCUCCGCGCUGCGCGCCGCGUUAACGACUUCCCCUCCGCCGUCCGGGUCUUCGAGGGCAUCAAGUUCAAGGUCGAGAACAAGAACCAGUACGAAGAGUAUCUUCAGGAGCUCGAGCCGUUACGCGAGGAGCUCGGCAUUCCGCUCAAGGAGACCAUGUACCCCGAGGAGAAGUAA